AUGCCUGAGCCUCUGAAUUCCACUUUUCCAUAUUACUUCACAUUGUCAGCUUAUAUUGAUGUCGGGGGGUUCCGGUACUUGUUGUUCCUGAUUAUUCUUUGUUUGUUCUUAUGCAUUAUUGGUGCUAACUCAUUGCUUGUGUACGUAAUUUCUGUAAACCGCAGUCUGCAUGAGCCCAUGUACAUUUUCCUCUGCAGUUUGUUCAUAAAUGAAGUGUAUGGCAGCAGCGCUCUGUUCCCAUUGCUUUUAGUGCAAAUUCUGUCGCACGUCCACCAAGUUGCUGUUCCCCUAUGCUUCCUGCAGAACUUCUGUCUCUUCGCCUAUGGAGGCAGUGAGUUGUUGAUUCUUGCUGUAAUGUCAUAUGACCGCUAUCUCGCCAUAUGUUGCCCUCUAGACUACCAAGCCCGCAUGACACCCAACAGAAUUUCUUUUCUUAUUGCACUGACUUGGGUUUGUCCAUUGUUUUUUUGUGUGGUCAUGACGUCUUUGAGCGCCACUUUACACCUUUGCAAUAAUGUCAUUCAAAAAGUGUACUGCGAUAACCACUCCAUUACAAAGUCAGCUUGUACUGACACUUCACUCAUCAACGCUUGGGGCCUCCUCAUCACAUCUCUCUCCGUUUUUGUGCCUUUAGUCAUCAUUUUCUACUCCUAUGUGCUCAUUUUAAAGGUGUGUUUCUCUGGCUCAAAGCAGACACGACAGAAGGCUGUAAGCACGUGCUCUCCACACAUUGCGUCACUGUUGAACUUCUCCUUUGGGGCGUGUUUUGAGAUCCUUCAAAGCCGGUUUGACAUGAGCGGUGUGCCAAAUGUGCUGAGAAUCAUUCUGUCAUUGUAUUGGUUAACGUGCCAGCCACUAUUUAACCCUCUCCUGUACGGCCUAAACAUGUCCAAAAUCCGGAUCAUUUGCAAAAGUCUUUUCUUGAGCCGUGUCUAA